UUUUUUUUUCUCUCCCCAGGGUUGAAGAUGCAGUGGCAUCCUGAGCAAAGCAAGUGGGCCGAACAGCAUUUUGACAUCUCCUCGACCACGUGCUCUCCAGCCCACAAGGCCGAGCCCUACCGCGUAGUACCCGGCCACCUGCAGUGCUCCGCCGCCUACCAGUACGCCUGGGCCAACGAUGACAUCUCGGCCCUCACCGCCUCCAACAUGCUGAAGAAAUACGCAGAGAAAUAUUCCGGCAUCCUGGAAUUACCCGUCUCUUAUCCCGAAGCCUCCAGUGUCCCGGGAGGGCUAAACGGACGGAAGGGGGAACCAGAACCCUGGCAGGACGGCGUCUAUCCAAUGAGCUGCAUACCUGAGGUGGUUCCCAUCCGCAAGGGAGGGGUUGCAGCAGCUUCUGAAGUGGGAACUGGCUUGUGCAGCUCUCCUGGUCUUGCCUCCAGCACUCUGAGUGAGCCCAGCUACUCCAGCAGCAGCUGCGGAAGCCACACCUCCACCACACUCCACUCAUCCUCAUUGCCGUCUCAGGAAUUUGGCGUCGCUUACAGCGGUUCCUACUUGCACAGUAGUUACAAUUCCCAGUCUGUGCCUGCCCCGGCACAUCCCUCCCUGCAGCCCCCUCCACCACCAUCUCACUCUACUUACAAUGGAAGUUCCCCAAACUUGUCCAGUUACAAUUACCCCACUGCAGGAUACCCUGGCCAGAGCUCAGUCGGGCCUGGAUACAGCACCGGGGGAGCGCCCCCACCGUCCUCAUACAUCCCCUCGGGCAUUGCCGCACCAACACCCCUCCCCCCGUAUCCAUACCAUAACCAUAACUUGACCCCAAUCACCCCGAGUCCUCUUAACAGUUGUUCCUCCAACUUGCUGAAGAGGAAAGCCUUCUACGUGACAGGCCAGGGAGAUAUCGACUCCUCUUAUGCAAGCUUUGGCUAUGAACAGACUCGAAGCUCAACCGAGAGCCCGAUGUACAGAGUGGCUGACAGCAGCAGCACAAACAGAAGCUGUAAUAGUCCUAAUGGCCGUAGUUUUGAUCGGAGUGCUGAGAAGCCAUCUCUACCCUUUAAUCCACAAAAGCAGUCCACAAUCCCUUCGGAGCAGCAGCAGAGAAAGUAUAGCAGCCAGGCAACGAGCAACCCACUAUCUCCGCCAGCCUAUGUCUCUUCCUCACUCGGGGGCGCUCGCAUGGCAAACUCCCUCGUCAACUUUAUAACCCCGCCCCUCAGCGAACAAACUGCCGAAGAUCAUCGUAUCUGUCACUCCCGCUCAAGGGCUCCCUCCUCUUCAACCAUGUCCUCCUCACGCUCUGCUGAAGAGCAGCUAAAAACCUGUGACCCUCACCUCUUGGACUUGGUAACCUCUGAAAUUGUUCAGCGGGGCCCUCCCAUGGACUGGAGUGACAUUGCAGGAUUAGAACUGGCCAAAGCAACCCUGAAAGAGGAGGUUCUAUGGCCCAUUCUACACCCUGACAUGUUCAGAAACUUAGGACCCACCCCACGCUGUGUGCUGCUGUUUGGCCCAAGAGGCAGCGGCAGGACGUUGCUCGGCCGUUGCCUGGCCAUCCAGCUCGGGGCUUCAUUCCUUCGACUCAGUGGGUCUACUUUAGUCACCAAGUGGCUGACAGAUGGGGAGGAAGUUAUCCGAGCGUCCUUCCUGGUAGCGCGCUGCCGUCAACCAUCUGUACUGUUCAUUAGUGAGGUGGACAUGCUGCUUUCGGCGCAACUCGGUGAAGAAAGUCCCAUUAACAGACUAAAGGGGGAGCUACUUUCCCAGCUGGACUCACUUCUAAUGGGCUCAGGUGUGGAUGGACGGCACCAAGUGGUUGUGGUUUGCUCCACAAGCAGACCCCAGGACAUAGAUGAGGGAUUGCACAGGUAUUUUGCUCGCCGGAUUUUGGUAUCCCUGCCCGAUAGCGCAGCCCGGCACCAAAUGGUCAGCCAGCUCCUCACCCGAUCCCAGCACAAGUACUGCAUGAGCGAGGAGGAGCUGGCACUGCUGGUCCGACACACUGAAGGUUUCUCGGGACUUGAGCUGUCCAGACUUUGCCAGGAGGCCCACGUGGGUCUGUUACACAUAUCCACUCAACAGGGCAUGGAGAUGGCCAGUAUGAUUAGGCCGCUAACCUACCAGGACUUUGAGAGGGUCUUUUGUAAAUUUCAUCCCAGUGCAUCGCAAAAAGAGAUCGAUAUACACACAGAGUGGAACAAAAUGUUUGGAUGCAGACAAUAAAAGGACAUGCUUGAUUUAUAGAGGCCCAUUUCUUCAGGAAGGGAAAAGAACACAGUAAGGCCUCACGGAAAAUAAUUCACUCCGGUGUUGCAGUAUUUGUAUAUACACUAUACAGUAUGUAUAUAUACUAGGGGUGUAACGGUAGGCUACCCGUAUUUGAAUUUGGAUUUUUCGGUACAGAACAUUCGGGAAUGUACCGACGUUGUGUGAAGUGCGUAAAAAAAACAACAGAAAAUGUCGGCAGCCUCUGCCGGGCUGUUUGGAUCGAGCCAAAACAAUUCCAAACGGCCGACCGGCAUUACCGGCCUCCCCGGUUUCACGGUUGCUCGGGAGCCACUGAAGACACGCUAAGUGAUCAAAGCUAACUUGCGUUGCACCGGCUGCAGGCUAGCUGAAGUCUUUACUUCCACUUCUUCCAAGUAUCAUUAUCGCUACAAGAGUUCGAGGAGUGACAACGUGACACAUUGAGCCAACGAGAGUGGGAGCAGACACCGACGCCAUGCUAACUGCCAAAGUUAGCUUACAUAUAAAGUUGCAAAUCAACAGAAAACCAGUAAGAGUAUUCUAGCUCGUAAACCAUGUUACAGCGGCCAGUAACCAACUCCAAAUGGUCAAUUUGCAAGAAUAUAGAUUAAGAAUAUCGAUUAAGAAUAUAGAUUCACAGGUGAAAAAGUGAACUAAACAGUAAACCCGCACGCUGCAAAUGUCCAUAACCUGGAAAUAACUUUAAUUUAUUUAAGAAUUUACUGCAAUCAAUUCAAAUGUUGUUCAAUUUGUUCUUGUUUAUACAAACCACAUGCUUUGUUUUGCAUUUUCUUCCCUGACUGUACCGAAUGUGUACUGAACCGUGAUUUUGGGCGUAUCGUUACAUCCCUAAAAUAUGCAAUUCUGAACAGAUUUAUGAGACCACCUGACAUGAAGGCACGAAGAGAUAAUCUGACAUCGUGUAGCGCUUCAGUGUUGACUUUCAAUUUCAGUGAGCUCUCUAAAGUAAUUCAUCAAGCGGGCAAUUUAAACACAUUUUUAUGUUGACAAACGCUGGUAAAUAACUAUAUCUUGACAUUGGAAUCAAGAAAUAAUGUGUUUUUUGAAAUGUUCUAUUAUAGCAUGAAAAAUAUUUCAUUUAAAGAGCUAACAUGCAGAUGAAGCACAGAAAGAAAAACAUGUUGGUAAUUACCAAUACUGUUCACUUUUCAUUUUUAUACAUUUGUCUAUUUAUUUGAAGUCUGAAUCUGGAGCAUAAACCUUACAAUGGGUGGUGGUCUUAUAAAUUUGUAUUAUAUUUGUGUAUAUGUACUGUAUAUAUAAAUACAUCUAUAGUUAUACACUUCUUCCAAAAGUAUUGGAACAGUGAGGUCCAUUGCUUUACUUACAGGUAUGCUGUAGACUUAAAACAUUUGGGUUUGACAUCAAAA